AACGGGAGGAGGAGGGAGAGGAGUGAGAGGAGAGAGUAGGGUCGGAGUCGGGCAGGUAGAGGGUGAGUAGAGAGACAAAGGGACAGGGGAUGGCGGCGGUGAUGUCCCCGGGUGGGGAUCAGGGUUAUAUCCGCACAGUAUUGGGGUACGAGCGCUUCCAGGAGUCGGACAGUUCUACACUGGCUCUUCCCUCCGAGGAGAGACUGAAAGUGACCGCAAAGGAGCCCGGGGACAAAGCCCAGAGGAUCCAACAACAAGUCCGACUCACACUGGCCCGGAGGAACAACAAGAGCUCGGGGAACGGGAGUCUCCAUUAUGCCACCAGCCUUCCAGAACAAGUUCAUUACAAUGGGGGUUUUAUACAUAAAGAAGUGUUUUCUUCAGCAUCCAAACGUUAUGACACCAUAAAGAAUUCCAGGUCCGUGGGGUAUGAGAAUGGAGGGAACAAGGUGACGUUUAAUGAGUGGAGAAGCGAAUGCGACACGAGGCGGCCGACGCUGAGGCGCGAUGUCUCCCCCGAGAGAGAAGUCGCUUUGUCGCCAUUUUACUCCGACGCCAGCAGCGCGGCCAAACGAUACGCCCGCUCGGAUAUCAUCGGCUUGAACCGGUACAGAACGGCGAGCCGAGCGCGCCAGAACCUCUCGCAGCAAUUCCGACAAGAUACCGUCGACUCGGUGUUCGCCAGCAGCGCCCCCACCAGCCCCAUCUACCAGCAGUCGCGCAACAGUCGCAGUAUGGACAAUCUGUUGGAGAAGGAGAACUACCACUCCCAGCCGGGUGCCGUCGGACAAGUGAGGGUCGGGCAGAUGUUGGGCACCAACAAAGUCCAGACUAUGAGGUCCAAGUGGAACCAGAGCACCGCUAGAACCGUGACUAGAGAUUCCAUCAACUCAACUUCAGGGGGCGCUGGCUUUGAUUUUGGUGGGAGACGGAACCCGCUACUGGCCGGGAGUGGGGGGACCCUGCAGGUGCAACGAGCACAGGUGGAAACACAUGUUGGGAAUGUUCCGUUGAUAUCGGAGGUGGAGAUGACGCUGGAGAGAGCGGUGAAUCUGCUGCAGAGCGACACUUCCACGUCCCAAUGGUUGGCCUCCGCCGCCAGUUUCAUUCAACACGAAUGUUUCCAAAAAUCCGAAGCCCGGAGACAGGUUUAUAACCUCGGUGGGGUCCCCCGGCUGAUCAGGCACCUGAAGAGCGACAAUGAAGAAGUGCAGCGGGCGGUGUGUGCGGCUCUGCGCAACUUGGUGUUCGAGGACAACGACAACAAACUGGAGGUUUACGAGCAACGCGGGGUCCCCGUGGUCCUGAACCUGCUGAAGGAGACGCAGGACUUGGAGAUAAAGCGGCAGAUCACAGGGCUGUUGUGGAACUUGUCGUCCAAUGACCAACUAAAGAUCUGCCUCAUCAGGGACGCGCUCAAGCCCCUCACCCAAACCAUCAUCAUCCCCAGCUCUGGGUGGGGGGAGGGCGAAUACUCCAAAAGCUCCGCCCUGACCGACUCUGAUAUCUUCUACAAUGCUACCGGCUGCCUCAGGAACAUGAGUUCUGCAGGCCCGGAAGGGAGGAAGGCCAUGCGCGACUGUGAGGGGCUGAUCGAUGCAUUGGUGCAUUACAUCAGGAGGAGCAUCGCAGACUACAAACCUGACGACAAGGCCACAGAGAACUGCGUGUGCAUCUUGCACAAUCUCUCCUACCAACUGGAGGCGGAGCUUCCCAGCAGUUACACCCAGUUCAUCUACCGCUCCAGCCGGGACGCCCCCGAGUCCAAGGAGAGUGUCGGAUGUUUUGGAACCCGGAGCAGAAAAAUAAAAGAGCAAUGGGGAGACGCCCCGAUGACAGAGGAGAAGAACAACCCGCGGGGAGUGGAAUGGCUGUGGCACUCGAUCGUCGUGCGAAUGUACCUCUCCCUCAUCGCUAAGAGCAACCGAAACUACACCCAGGAGGCAGCACUGGGGGCCCUCCAGAACCUCACUGCCGGCAAUGGGCCUAUGCCGUCGGCUGUUGCUCACAUGAUUGUUCAGAAGGAGACUGGGCUACAUCACAUAAGGAACAUACUUAAUUCAAGUGAUCCGGGAGUAAAACGGACGUCCGUCUCGCUCCUGAGAAACCUGUCUCGCUACUCCAACCUCCAAAAUGAGAUCGCGAGAGAAAUUCUGCCGGAUCUGGUGCAGUUGAUCCCGGGGAGUGUCCCAGACUCGGGUGUAGCCAAUGAGACGGCGGCGUCAGUCUGUUACGUCAUCAACAAUUUGAUCUCUAAAAGCUCCGAGAACGCACGGGCGGUUCUGAAUAACGGAGGGGUCCCGAAACUCAGCAGUCUCAGCGUCAGCGACAGUAAUUUGGCUACCAAGACUGGCAAGGCGGCCUCCAUUGUUCUGUUUGCCAUGUGGACCCACCAGGAUUUGCACAGCACCUACAAGAAGUCCAUGUACAAGAAGGCGGAUUUUGUCAACCCCCGCACCCUGAAGGCUUACAAUUCACUCAGAGACUGAAUGUUUGUCGGAGGUCCGAGGAGCAGCAAGAAACCCUCCAAACCACCUUCCCUCCGCCUCAUUGAUUGGGAUUAAUCCCUUGCACCCUGCCUGGUUACAGCAAUGGAACUAACGCUAUCGCCUGUUAACUUCUUUUUUUUUUUCAUGCUGUGUGAAGUGCUAGCUCUUGGGAACAGAAUGCUCACUUUACAUGGACACCAAUCAGUGCAAAACACAAGGAAUAAAUUAGAUUUUAGGGUUUGUCACUAACAGGAAUCCAAAGGAUUCUGGAGUUUUAUUGCUGCCGCUUUCUGAUUGGUCCGUGACUAAGGCAGGUGAUUGGCUCACAGCGAUUUUAUUAUUGCUUAUUUUUUUUGCCUUUAUUGGAUCCAGGCUGUGUUUAUAUUUGGGUCCCAGAUACCCCCUCAUUGGCACGGAGUAUCUGAGUAUUAAAUCCAGUCCUGCACUAUUAACCUGGGAUGUUUACACCCACUUUCACAAUAUACUGACGAAUAAUCCUAUGACUGGCAAAUCAGAACCUUUUUAACCUUCAGCCACUGAGUUAUAUUCAUUUCAGGCGAAAUAGAUCACGAUCCCAAGGUUCUGACCCGGGUCACGUGUUUUCUUUGGGAUUAUUUUCAGCCUCUUGUUUUAUCCUGAGACUGGACAGGAUUUUCUAUGCGUGUUCCAAAACUACUGAUUAGUCCGUUUUAUUUACUAACGUGUCUGUGCCAAUAGAAAUCACUGAGAAAUUCACUUUAUGCAUGAAAGCUGAUUGGUUGCCACUGAUCACUAGGGUAGUUACUAAAGGGGGAAUUCACCUUUAAAUUAACUGCUAGUGUUGUAUAUUGUUAUUUUCAAUAGUUUGGAGUUUUAACAGGUUGCUAGAGAUCAUUGUACCCUAGCAACCAGGCAGUGGUGUGAAUGAGAGACU